AUGAACUUAGAGUCCUUAUUUCAGCACAUCGUCCUCACCGAGCAGCAGGCCGAGGAGAGUCGCCGUUUGAUGCGAGAAGUAAGAUCCGAAACAACUAGAUGUCGUGAAAAAAUUAAGAAAGCAACAGAGAAGCUGAAUGAAGAGAAAAUCAAGUUGGAAUCUCAGGUUCAGCAGUUUUCUGAAAAAUCCUUCUUCUUACACCUUUUGAAAAUUCAUGAAAAUGCUUUAGAAAGACAAUUCAGUGAAAUUACAAAUGAAAGGAAUAUGCUUCUCCAAACCUUUGAGGCUACAAAGAAAAAAGUAAUGGAGGAGGAGGAAAAAUUUAUGAAAGAAAUUACAGACUUCAAUAAUGAGUAUGAAAUAACAAAGAAAAGAGAACUUUUGAUGAAAGAAAAUGUCAAGAUCGAAAUAUCUAACUUAGAAAACCAGGCAAACAUUUUGAAAAUGGAAAUGAAGUCAAUGGAACGUGACAGUGGCCCAUUAAAUGAACUCCAAAAACAA